CACGCCACUCUCCUUCCUAAAGAAGUUCUGCUCUCAUUGGCCAUGAGACAGAGAGACGUUCUGUCCAAAAAUACAGUAUAUUUUAUUUUUACUAAUCCACGCGAAUUGAGGUAGUGACAAUUUCUUAAAAGUGUUUCGAUUAAAACAUUGUGCGGGACUUUGAAAUUUUAAUAAACAAUCCUUGUUAUCACAUUAAAGUGUUUUGAAGAAACUGCAAUUUAUCAGCUUGGUUAUUGAGUUCAAGAUGGCAGGAAAGGAUAAUAAUAACAUGGAUAUGGACGGCGUUGGCUUUUCGCUAGCGAUAGGGGCACUGAAAGCUUUAGCCUUUGUGUACGACGUCCUUACAUUCCCCGUGUACAUCAUCCUCCAAAGGCCAUGGCGGCUACGCCAACUGUCCAGAACUAUAAAGGCUAAACCUAUACACGAUGAUAUUAAAUCGAUCACUUAUCGAUCGACAGUACAGCCCAAAGAUCACCACAUCACUUUGGUCAGAGAAAAGAUCGACACCAUGGCCAAAAUGUUUGAGUACUGUAGCAAAAAAUAUCCUAACAAAAGAUGUUUGGGAACUAGAGAAAUUUUAGCCGAAGAAGAUGAAUUACAACCUAACGGAAGGGUUUUCAAGAAGUUUGUGAUGGGCGACUACAAAUGGAAAACGUUUUCCGAAGUUAACAUCCUAGCUUCAAAUUUCGGCAAAGGAGUGCGCGAGCUAGGAAACCCCGCGGGCAAAAACGUCGCCAUUUUCGCUGAAACCAGAGCCGAAUGGAUGAUCGCUGCACACGGUAUCUUCAAACAGAACAUCCCCUUGGUUACCAUUUACGCCACUUUAGGUGACGAUGCCAUAGCGCACGCCAUCAACGAAACCGAAGUGUCCACGAUCAUUACCAGUUACGAGUUGCUGAGCAAAUUCAAGAAUAUCCUUCGGAUGACACCUCGUGUGCAGACUUUGAUUUACAUGGAGGAUCAGUUGAAGGGUUUGGAAAGCGCGGAUGGUUACAAGGAAGGUGUGCAGAUCAUUAAAUUCGAAGAUGUUAUCAAGCAGGGCGCUAAAUCUAGUAUAGUCGCCGAACCGCCAAAAACGGACGACAUAGCCAUUAUCAUGUACACUAGUGGCUCGACGGGAGUACCGAAGGGCGUCAUAUUGAAGCAAAGGAACCUGAUCGCCACGCUGAAAGGUUUUUGCGAUUCCACGCCGAUUUACGAAACCGAUAUCAUGAUCGGAUUUUUGCCGUUGGCUCACGUAUUCGAGUUGCUAGUAGAGAGCGUAUGUCAAUUCGCUGGAGUUCCUAUCGGCUAUUCCGGACCCUUAACCAUGACUGACUUUUCCAACAAGAUCCAGAAGGGAACUAAAGGCGACGCCACCGUUUUGUGCCCUACAGUUUUAACCAGCGUACCUCUGAUCCUAGACAGGAUAUCGAAGAACAUCCAGGAGAGGGUGAGUAAGAGCGGCAACCUAAAGAAAGUGAUCUUCAAAUUCGCUUACGAAUACAAAUCGGCUUGGAAGAAACGCGGCUACGCGACUCCAUUGAUAGACAAAUUAAUUUUUUCGCCUAUCACCAAUCUGGUGGGCGGUAAUAUGAGACUGAUGAUUGCCGGCGGGGCUCCGCUGUCACCCGAAACCCACGAACAAAUCAGUACAUGCCUGUGCGUCACGAUCAUCCAAGGUUACGGCCUUACCGAAACGACUUCCUGCGCCUGCGUUCAAGAUUUGUACGACAUGACAUUCGGAAGAGUGGGGGCGCCCUGUACGAUUUGUGAUAUUAAAUUGAUAAGUUGGGAAGAAGGUAAUUACAGAGUAACCGACAAACCAUAUCCACGCGGCGAGAUUAUAAUAGGCGGUGACAACAUCAGCGCCGGAUAUUACAAGUUGCCAGAAAAGACUGACGAAGACUUUUUCGAAGCGGACGGUAAAAGAUGGUUUAGAACCGGAGAUAUUGUAGAGGUGCACGAAGAUGGCGUUGUUAAAAUUAUUGAUCGCAAAAAGGACUUGGUGAAAUUGCAAGCCGGCGAAUACGUCUCGUUGGGCAAAGUGGAGGCGGAACUAAAAACGUGUCCGUUGGUCGACAACAUUUGCGUGUACGGCGAAUCGAGUAAAGAUUUUUGCGUGGCGCUGGUCGUUCCUAAUCAGCAAAAUCUGGAAGACUUGGCGGCGAAGAAAGGCGUCGAAAACAAGUCGUUCGAAGAGUUGUGCGUGAAUCCGGUGAUAGAGAAAGCCGUGGUGAAGGAGUUAGCGGAACACGGAAAGAAAAGUAAACUCGCCAAAUUUGAAAUUCCCGCCGCGAUAAAGUUGGUAACGGAAGUUUGGUCGCCAGACAUGGGUCUCGUGACGGCCGCCUUCAAAUUGAAAAGGAAAGACAUCCAGGAACGGUAUAAGCACGAAAUAAACAGAAUGUACGCCUCUUGAAAGUUACAUUUCUUUUAAAACCAUUUAGUUUUUGGUAAGCUAGUUCCGUGCUAUUAAUUAUUUAAGUUUUUUAUGAUGUAAUUGUGCAGUGUACAAAGAUUUAUUGUAAAAAGUAUUUUUUGUAAAGUUUCUUGUACAUAUUGGAUAUGAAGUUAUCGAACGAUAGGAUUUUUAUUUAUAGUUGUUGCGCGCUCUCUCUUUAUUUGAGAAAGACAAGAGAUCAUUGUACAUAAGAACAAAAUUGUAUUUUUUUAUCGUUUUAGAAUUAUGUCAACGUACUGGAAAUGGGUUUUAAAUCAGUUUGUCGAAAUUGAGUAUUUAGAGUCCUGGAAUAUAAUUUCACCAACUUUGGAACGCCUAUUGAACAGUUAAUUGUAUCGUGUCAAUUUCUCUUCAACGAUUAGCGAUUUGGUAAAUUUCUUGGUCAAUCGAGUUGGUAAAUUUCUCGGAUUUUGGAUUGCGUAUCCCUAAACGCCAUCAUUAAUUUAUUUAUAUUGUUGAUUUGUUAAAAAGGCUCGACUCGUUCUGCAAGAUUUAAAACAUUUCUGGUAAUAUUAUAAAAAAAAAAUGCUAAAUGUUAGCAUCACUGUUAGUUACGACAAAGAGCUGAUAAACUUUUCUUCACAACUAAACCCGGUUGUGAUUUUUAGCAGCAAUAUAUGUGAGAUUUUUUUUUCUUGUACAUGUCAUUUGUUAUUGUUAUUAUCAUAUUGUUUGUUAUAAUGUAUUAAGUUGUUUUCUUUUAGAAAAAUACUAUUCACAUCGCCCUUUUCCUACUUCAAUUAUGAUUUGUUAAUAUUGAAAGUUGUUUUUUUAGGAAAAAAAUUGCAUUUUCAAUUUUUUUUUAAUAAUAAUAAUAAUCGGUCUAAGAAAGCGUUUUGAAUACCGAAACAAGUACUUAAAACAAAAUGUAUUCCAAAUAUUUUCUAAAUAUCUUUAUUAAGAUAAGUUACUGUGUACAUAUUAUUAUUAAUUAGAUAGGAUAAUUUUGUAAAGAUCGAGUAGCGUUCAGCAAAAUAGAACAGAAAGUUAGGAGAAAUGGGAUUUUUAAAGACAAUAAACUGCGUUACGUUUUUAUUUUCCAAAAAUUGACAAUAAUGCAUUUACGGAAAUAUCUCUUCCUUAUUCAGGGCUUCAAAAAAAAAGAUGGUACUUAAUGUAAAUUGGAGACAAAUUAUUAAGGCCAGUUACUUACAUUCUUGCACCAUUGUACCUUUACAAUUUUCAAUAUGGAAAUUUAUAGCAUUAGCUUUAUUUGGUGGUUGAAACGAAAUUCGUACGAGCUCGUACGAAACUGACUGGUUAUUAAGUUAAAUUUAGGUAAUAAAUUGCGUAUUUUUUAAAUAUAUAAACCAUCUAAUAAAACUAAAAGUUCUCAAAUCAAAUUUUGCUAAACACUACUCGAAAAUCUAUUCAAAAAAAAAAAUUGGUGCUGCAAAGGGUAAAUUAUAUAGCGAAGUUGAUCAAAUUAACAUCACAACUUUAUUUUAAGUGAGCAAGUUUUUUGGUUACAGUUGUGUUUAGUAUUUGUAUUUAUUAUGAAAAUGGUAAUAUAAUACUAGUAUUAUAAA